UUUCCCUUUUCUCAACAGGUCCCCCUUGUUCCUUCAUCAUUUAUUUUAAAACUUCAGUUUCAUUACAAAGCAAAAACAAAGGCACUUUUAAGAGCCAUGUUUGUCUAUUUAAUUGUUGUUAGUCCGUCUAGUUCUCUGUUGUUCUUGCUCAUUUGCUCUUCCCCCUAUCCCUUUAGUGUUGUUUUGUUUGUCCUUGUUCGUCAUGAGUGACCAUUCCAAUUUCGAACAGGUCCUUAAUGAGCUUGAUGAGCUUGUUGAGCAUUCUGAAUUAAAUUAUGAACUCCAGACCUUGGAUGAUUUCAUUAAUAAGAUGUCGGGAGAACAGGAUGCAGCACCAUCCACCAGCCAUCAACCUGUCAGGUGGUUGAAGAGAGACAGUGAUGGAAAUGUUGUCUAUGACAGACCAAGGUCAUCCCGAAACCAAACGGCUAGUCACAGCUACAGUCGUAAGGCUGGUUCUCAUCCUAGAAUGUUGGACAGCAGCGUUGACAUAACAAACUACUGUCCUCCUGACACUGUUGAGACUUUCCUUGAAGAGCUAAACCACUCACAGGGUGAUGACUUGGAUGAUCAGGAAACGGCACCAGCACCACCACGAGCCUCUUCAGACUGGUCUACUCGAAAAAGUCUCCUCUCAGAGAGGUGGGAGAAAGAAAGAGCCUGUCUGGUGAAUACCAUGGUAGCACAACAAAAUGUGACAACUCAGAUCUGCCAACAAUGUGGCAACAGUCCAGCUGCUGUCCGUUGUCAUGACUGCAGACCACAACCAUUUUUCUGUGCUGAUUGUGAUGUCAGUAUACACCGAAACCACAUAUUCCACAACAGGGAUGCAACAAUAGCUGGAUUCUUUCAGCCAUUGCCUCCAACAACCUGUGUCGUGGAGAGGGCUCUUUCCCUGUGUGUGUGUAUUGUGCCAUUGGAGAUGCCCAAAAAAAUAUGUAGUUGUUCUCCAGGAUCGUUGAGUGUCAACACAGGAAAAGUUGUUGCUGUGGUUACAAUGAAUGGACGAUAUGAUCUCAGUAUGCCUGAGAUGAAAUGCGAGGCAUGCAAAGCCACAUGGAGCCCUGGAGUGGAUGACUUAGUCCGUAAUGACUACUGGCCUGCUACCCUUCACUUUUCCACAGUGUACUCUACAGAUGUGUUUUAUUCAUAUGAAGAGUUGAAGAUGGAAGCACCAGGACUGUCAUGACAAGCAUUUUUAAGAAUGCUUGAUCAAUGAACUCUCCGCUUU